AUGCCGAUGGACGCGAAGGAGAUCGAACUCAAGGCCAAGGCUCUGACCAAGGCGGCCACCCAGAACGAGCCCCCCGUCAACAUCGUCGCUUUGCUCAAGGAACUACAACAAGGCGUCCGAGCGACGGAGGAUCUGCUGCGCUCAACGCGCGUCGGUAUCAUCGUCAACAAGUUCAAGCAGCACAAGGCGCCCGAGGUGGCGCGCCUGUCGAGCGAGAUCGUAUCGAAGUGGCGCAACGAGGUCAACAAGCAGAAGGCGGGCGCAUCGCCGGGCCCCAGCCAGCGCUCGAGCAGCUCGCCGCGGCCGACCCCGAACGGCACCGCGGCCCCGACACCCUCGGAUAAGGCCUCGAAGCUGUCCGUGCCGCCGGACAAGCGCACGUGGAAGGCCGACGGGGUGGACGUGAACCAGACCUCCAACCGGAUCCGCGACAGCUGCAUCGGCCUGAUGUACGACGGGCUGUGCUUGAACGCGACGGAGGCGCCGCGGACGGUGCUGGCCAAGGCCUCGAGCGUGGAGGCGGCGGCGUUCAGCGCCUUCGGGCCGGAGACCAAGGAGCAAUACCGCACCAAGAUCCGCAGUCUGUACCAGAACCUGAAGAACAAGUCGAACCCGAUGCUGCGCGUGCGGGUCCUGAGCGGGGAGGUCACGGCGGAGCACUUUGUCAAGAUGACGCACGACGAGCUGCGGUCGGCGGAGCAGCAGGAGCGCGACCGCAAGAUCCAGAAGGAGAACAUGGACAAGGCGAUGGUGGCGCAGGCAGAGCGCAGCAUCAGUACCAGUCUGCAGUGUGGAAAGUGUGGACAGCGCAAGGUGACCUAUACCGAGGCGCAGACGCGCAGUGCCGAUGAACCGAUGACGCUGUUCUGUACUUGUAUGAAUUGUGGAAAAUCAUGGCGGCAGUGA